CCAUUGAAGCCAAGUAAGAGGUGCGAUUCUCUUCUUUUUGACUUGGAACUUGUAAAUAGCGUAUGGAUUUUAGCUGGUUAUGGAUAGAAUUCUAGCUCGUAUGAAGAAAUCAUCGGGACGAAGAGGAGGAGAUAAGAUUACUCCGGUACGGCGGUUAGAGCGUCGUGAUGCGGCGAGGAAUAUCAAUUAUGAUGUAGCGUCUAGUUCUAGUUCGUCAGCUGAAGAUCUUUCCGUUUCAACUUCUUCGUUGAUGACUCGUUCUUUGGAGUUUCCUGAGCCUACUAGUUUUCGAAUCGGUGGAGGUGGUGAAGGAGAAAUGGAUCGGAUUUAUCGGUCUCUUGGUGUUUCUGGUCCUGAUGAUUUGGCGAUUUCUUUUGAUGCUUGGGAAGCUUGUAAGAAGCGUUCUUCGUCAGAUGUUGUUAAUAGGUUUAAGUCUUUUGACAUUGAUAAUCAUAAGGUUCAGGAUCGGGAUUUGAGUGAAGCUGGUCCUAGUGUUGUUGUUGUUACUUCUAAUUCAUUGAAUCAUCUGGAUUUGAGUGAAGCAGGUCCUACUGGUGUUGUUGUUGCUUCUAGUUCAACGAAUCGGGACAUUAAUGAGUUGAUGCCUUCCGAGUUGAGUGAGAUUGGGAAUUUAAGUACUCCUGUGGAUAGAGAAGUAGUUGAUGGUGGUACGCCAGGUAUGGUAGAGAAUAGGCGUGGUUUUGAACGAACACCGACUAUUUUGGUGAAGUCGAAAGGGUAUCUUGUUCCCAAUGAUGUAGUGGCUGUUGGUGGUGGUAUUAAGGGGGUAAGACCACCAGUACUUAAGCCUCCUCCGGCGAUGAAACGACCUCCUAUUGAUCUUCGGGGAUCUUCUUGGGAUUUCCUUACACAUUUCGCUCCAAGUGAAACAGUUAAGCGGCCGAGUUCCUCUUCUUCUUCUUCCGAGAAUGGCUGUGAUGAAGCGGAAGCUAAGGAAGAGGAAGUGGAAACGGAAGAGACGGGAGCUAGGUUUAUCCAGUUGGGGGAUACGGCUGACGAGGCAUGCUCAUUCACUACAAACGAGGGUGACACGUCAAGCACAGUAUCAAAUACUUCACCAAUCUAUCCUGAUGGAGGAUCUAUUAUAACGUCUUGGCAGAAGGGUCAACUUCUGGGACGAGGAUCAUUUGGUUCUGUGUAUGAAGGCAUUUCAGGAGAUGGGGACUUCUUUGCUGUCAAGGAAGUUUCACUUCUUGAUCAGGGAAGUCAGGCACAAGAAUGCAUACAACAACUUGAGGGGGAGAUUGCACUACUUAGUCAGCUUCAGCAUCAGAAUAUUGUGCGAUAUCGUGGCACAGCCAAGGACGGGUCAAAUUUGUACAUUUUUCUUGAGCUUGUAACCCAAGGGUCCCUUCUAAAACUCUACCAAAGAUACCAGCUUCGGGACUCUGUAGUUUCCUUGUACACAAGACAGAUUCUUGACGGUUUGAAAUAUCUCCACGAUAAAGGUUUUAUUCACAGGGACAUCAAAUGUGCAAAUAUAUUGGUGGACGCUAAUGGCGCCGUCAAACUUGCAGAUUUUGGAUUGGCAAAGGUGUCAAAGUUCAACGACAUUAAGUCCUGCAAGGGAACUCCAUUUUGGAUGGCUCCAGAGGUUAUUAACCGGAAGGAUAAUGAUGGGUAUGGAAGUCCAGCUGAUAUUUGGAGCCUUGGGUGCACUGUACUGGAAAUGUGUACUGGGAAGAUCCCCUACUCCGAUCUAGAACCCGUUCAAGCCCUGUUUAGGAUCGGAAGGGGUACGCUUCCGGAAGUACCUGAUACUUUAUCACUGGACGCUCGGCAUUUCAUACUUAAGUGUCUCAAAGUGAACCCGGAAGAGCGGCCAACUGCAGCUGAACUACUGAACCAUCCAUUUGUGAGAAGGCCCUUACCAUCAAUGGGCUCAGGAGGCUCGGGAUCAGCAUCUCCGCUACUCCGUAGAUGAGGCUAAUUUUAGUAAACUGCCUCUAAAGGUGAAGCAUUUAGUUUCAUUUUUUCAUGAGAAUAUUAUCAAAAUCAAAAGCUGUAUAUUCU